AUGGAAACACAUUUCGUUUUGUGGGCUCUAAUCAGUUGUGUGCUUGUUGGUGCAGUUGAAGCCAUGGAUAAUAACAACAAUAUCAACCCUGUUCCUCUUGGCUGGGAGAAAAUGUGUACAUACAGACUAGAUUCAGAGAUUGUGAAGUUGUAUACAGAAACUGCUCCGUCUAGUGGCCAUGUUAUCAGGCUUCAGUGUCAUGUCGCCGGAAAUUCAGAAAUCACGUGGCAUUUUCAGACUCUUCGGGACUGGCUUCGUGGAAUCCCGGGUAUUUCCGUGUUUGUGGAUGUGAGCUGUAGCAAUGGGGGACAUAUCUCGCUGCCUUGGCCGAUGAAAGCCAACGGAGUUGUCGGGGUUCUUGUGUCUGGUUGCAUCUUGAAAGGAAAGUACGCGGAUUUUGGCAACCCGGACAUUUCUCUAAUCCCUGAUCAGCUUCGGGUUUUAGAGAUAAGAAAUUCAGUGUGGCUGAGCGACGGGUCGGGGUAUGAUAUAUUAAGAAGUCCUGCAGGAUUGGCCAACCUCACAUCUGACUAUGACUGUGGACAAGACAGCACCAUUGAGUACCUGGUAACCAACAACGUAUCCGACGCUCUGGAGCUUGACAACGUUAGAGGUAAGCCUUUGACAACAGACAAACAGCCUGUGGGUGGGUUUCGGCUGGAUGUGAACAGUUUUCUGGGUGGACUGGGUGCUUCUAUUUCAGAUGAAUCUCAGACCGAAACCCAUCUACAAAGUCCUUACCGAACAGACGAGUGGAUGGAUGUGGACUUAGAUCGAAGCGAUGAAGAAGACAGUGUGCAUUCUUUAGAGUUUCUCUUUAUCUCCAAUGGCCAGAGGCGUAAAUUAAAUGAUCGAGGGCUGAGCAUCCAACCUGCGAUGGCGCCUCCCAACUCGAACCCUCCUAAAACAAAACUGGCUCCUGAACUCAAAACGACAUCUGCUAGUGAAGAAUUUAAACAGCUGCUACAGAACUUACUGUCCCUGGAUGUCAAAUGCAAUUAUGAAAAACUUCGAAUUUUGGACGAGAGUAAUCCCCAACUGCUUCCCGUUGAUCACUUCACUUUGAUGGUGCAAGGCACCAGGUACCCAGAACUUCGCGUCAUGAACUACUCCAGGGCAGGUAUACGAGAAAUGCCGCAAGAACUUCAAGAUUUCAGGAUGUACUUUCCCAAACUUCAGUACCUGGAUUUAUCUAGAAAUUUCCUCACGAAAAUCCCUCUCACGUCACGAUUUGGAGACGUUUCAGGAAAUUCCCUCACGCUGGAUGUCAGAAACAACCUCAUCAGAAGCUUGUCGGUGGAAGAUCUCCUUCUCUGGGCACAGAACGUGGAUGUUUUUGUAGAUAUCCGUGACAACCCUUUCCACUGCGGCUGUCAAAUGCUGCAGUUUUUGCAGAAAAUCAAAUCGGAAUCUUUCUUUGUUGACAAUCUUCGCCGCUAUAAGUACAUCCGGGAUCUUCAAUGUGCUAGCCCGCCACAUCUAAAGGGUCAGAAAUUAUCGAAUAUCAGCCUGAGCUGUACGACAGCGAUCAGUCUAGCAGCUGUACCAAAAACUUCCGAAUCUUUUUUUGCAGGUUCAAGUACAGCAAAUGCCAUUAUCAUACUAUUUGAGUUUGCCUUUGUGGUGAUAUCUUUCCUUGCAAUGAUCGUGUUUAUCUUUGUAAAUAUUCGUGGCAAAGGUAUGCGGAGGACGCAUGCAGACACGCAUAACUCACUGGCCUUGUUUCAAGCAAAUAACAAAGACUGUAUAAUUAAUGAAGAAGAUAUGUGUACAAAGUUGUAA